GAAUGGCUGCCUGUAGCGAGGCGGAGGGAGACACUAGACCGCUUCUUCUCCGCUGCUCUCCGCCGCUGAAACACUUUCCAACGGAACACGGCUCAGGGGGAUCCUGUGGUGCUGGGCAGAGCGUUAUGGCUCAGACACUGCAGAUGGCGAUCCCCAACUUUGGCAACAACGUCCUGGAGUGUCUGAACGAACAGCGGCUGCAGGGCCUUUACUGUGAUGUCUCCGUGGUCGUCAAGGGACACGCCUUCAAGGCCCACCGUGCGGUUCUGGCAGCCAGCAGCUCCUACUUCCGGGAUCUGUUCAACGCUGGGGGGAAGAGUUCGGUGGUGGAGCUGCCCCCAGCCGUGCAGCCGCAGAGCUUCCAGCAGAUCCUGGCCUUCUGCUACACAGGACGCCUCAGCAUGAAUGUUGGAGACCAGUUCCUGCUCAUGUACACCGCCGGCUUCCUUCAGAUCCAACAGAUCAUGGAGAAAGGCACAGAGUUUUUCCUCAAGGUCUCUUCUCCGAGCUGUGACUCCCAGGGUCUCCACACCGAGGAGACCCCGCCCUCUGAGCCCCAGAGCCCCGUUACUCAGACAGUGGGAGGGGGCGGAGUCGGCGUCGUUGCCACGGCCGCAGGAAGGCCCUCCUCUUGUCUCACGCCCCUCCCCCUGGUGUCCAAGGUGAAGACGGAACAGACAGCCACCACACCUCAGCCCACCCCACACCCGCAGCAGCAGGAAGGCUCUCCCUACUCGGUGGUCUGCACCCCCGUGGCCAAACGGCUGUGGGAAGGGGGCAACCGUGACGGGGGAGGGGGGUCUGGAGGGGGCGGAGGAGGUGGGAUGAGGAAGGCCGCACGCUACUCUUCCUCCUCCUCUUCCUCCUCCUCCUCCAACAACACUACCCAGGAUGCCUCUGGGCGUGGACCCGCAGCCAGUGCUGCGAUGGCGGCCACUUCAGUGGGAGGAGCCGGACUCAACAGUAACCAUAACAACAAUAACAACAACAAUGGUGGGACCCCUGAGGGCACGAGCCCCGGCACACUGAGCAUGUACACCAGUGACUCACCAAUCAGUUACCACGACGACGAGGAAGAGGACGACAUAGCGGAUGAGAGCGCCGAAGAGCAGUACAGACAGAUCUGCAACAUGUACACCAUGUACAGCAUGCUGAACGCCGGGGCAGCAGUGGUUGGGGAGAGGGUGGAGGCUCUGCCGGACUUGGCCCCAGACUCGGGCGGUGGACGGGGAGGCAGGGGGGGACGCUCCCGGCAGGACCUGGCGUCCCUGCCAGCCGAGCUCAUUAGCCAGAUCGGGAACCGCUGCCACCCGAAGCUGUACGAGGAGGGCGACCCGGCCGAGAAGCUGGAGCUGGUGAGCGGCACCUCCGUGUUCAUCUCCCGUGCCCAGCUCAUGAACUGCCACGUCAGCGCCGGCACCCGCCACAAAGUUCUGCUCAGACGCCUGCUGGCUGCAUUCUUUGACAGGAGCACUCUGGCUAACAGCUGUGGAACUGGCAUCCGUUCUUCAACCAACGACCCAAGUCGUAAACCCCUGGACAACAGAGUUCUGCAUGCUGUCAAAUUUUACUGCCAGAACUUCGCGCCGAGCUUCAAGGAGAGCGAGAUGAACGCCAUUGCAGCUGACAUGUGCACCAACGCCCGUCGCGUCGUCCGCAAGAGCUGGAUCCCCAAGCUCAAACUGCUGAUGGCCGACAGUGACGCCUACUCUGCCUUCCUGGCCGACAGCGUGAAGAUGGAGGCUGAUGCGCUGGGGGCAGACCAAGGCUUUGACCCUUCCCUGGAGGCCGUGGCGGCGGCGGCGGCAGCCGCUAACAGUAUGGAAGCGGGAGGUGGAGCCAUGCAGGCAGACAACCUCCAGGGGGCGGGAGGAGACAGCAGCACUUUGUUUUGAGUGAGUGAAUGGACAGAUAGAUGAAUGGACAGAUUGAUGGAGGGAGGGAUCGCAUUUCUCUGGGGCGAUGAGUAAAGAACAGUGGCCGCUGUGGUUGUGAUGACAGUCGCCACUCCUCCCCUAGCCGCCAUGUGUUGGGGGAUCUGUAUCUUCUUUUACAACUCUUUCGGUCAGUUUGUUCUGCUGUCCUUCGUUCGUUUGUCCACAUUUUGCGCUCUCUCCACGGCCCAGAAUGCCUCAAUUUGGGUUGUUUUCCUCCUUCCUUUUCUGGUGGAGAGAGAUAGAAAGACAGCAGAGAAAGGUAGCAGAGGGAAGCGGUUGACAGUCAGUCUACGCCCCCCCCCAAUCCCUCUGCGACCUUUCAAGACCUGAUAGUUUCAGCCUUUAUUUUUUAUGUUUUAAAAGUGUGUACUGUCACUAAGGCCCCUU